ACAGAGGCAGCCUCGCCGCCAUGUUGCAUAUUUGAUGAAGAGAUGAAUAAGCUGAAAUAUUCAGUUUGCCUUCACGUGGGAGGAAGAAUAAAAUAAAGGCCUUGGCUUGACCUGUGUGAUAACCUGUCCAUGAGUUCCAGGUGAGUAACCUCCAGGUUGUUGCAGUCUCACCCGCAGAGUUCACAGGUGACUGUGAAGCUGCUGCAGAUGUUGGUGAGGCUGAGGUGAAGUAUGAUGACGUAGAUGGAAACAUCUGGCUCCUUUUGUGUCACCUCAAGUGUGCGUGAGCGCACGCGGACGCCCGCCUCUCGCUGCAGUGUUGUUGUAGUUCACCUUCCGGCCAGCGGCGGCAGCACUGUUGGGUUCAGUUGGGACUCACCUGCUGUCUGGCUCUUCAUUUUUUUAAAAACAUUCUCCGGUUUUCAUUGCUCCUGGAGUCGGUGUGAGUGCUGCUGACAGACAGGUGAGAGCUCCAUCCGUACACCUGCAGGUUAGCUCGCCAAAGGCGGCUGUGAAGCCUUUAAACCGGCGCUCCGCCUCCAUCACAGCUAAUUAGCGUUAGCAUGCGCUAGCCGCACUCACAGCUAAGCAUCAGCCGCUCUGCUGUCAGGGAUGCUCCUGUAACACCGUCGGGCUUAGAUCCUUUUUCGGGCGUUUCUUUGCCCAUUCUGUACGGACGAGUGUGUUUGAAGCUCCGGGCUUCUCUCUGAGCGCUUUACGUUAACAUAGCGGGCUAGCUCCUCGGCUAGCUGAUGGGCUAGCUGGCUGUCCGUUUGAUGCUCCGAGUUAAAGCACCAAAAACCAUCAGCGUGAGCUCCGAGCUGCUGUCUGUGUGAUCAGGAAGCUCCGAACACACGCUUUAAUGCUCACAGUGCGGUAAAGGAAGAAGAAACAGACAGUGAGAGCAGACAAAGACACACAGCGCUGUGCAAAAGUCUUGAGCCACCUCUCAUUUCUUUAUGUUCUGUGAUGAAAAUGUGAAAUAUGUGCAGACACUGAACCACUCGGGCAGCUUCCUCCAGCAGCUCUCCGGCCUGCUGCUUUGGAUGUUUCUGCCGGUUGUUCUGUUCCCUGUCAGGAUGAUCCCACACUUCUUCAGGGGUCCGGGCUCUGGGGAGGCCCAUCCAUGACUUGUGGUGUUCCACAGUGACGGUCCCACACCUGGGGCUCAGGUGGGGCACAGAACAAGAGAAGAGGGCAAUUUCUAAUUUAUUUGGAGCACAAACAAAAUUAAUUGAACAUUUAAAAAUAAAACGUACAAAUGGAUUUCAAACAUACUGUUCAUGUGGACGAUGCACAUUUGAACAAAGUUUACUUUUUGUAUGAAAGAUAUUUUUGUUGGUUUGUAUUUAUUUUGUUAUAAAGUGACUUUUUAAUAGCUUGAAGCUUAAACGUACAUUCACAUUUUCUGUUCAGUCUCUUUCGUCCUGUAGCGCUGGCACAGUGUCCUGUAACGUUAUAAUAACAGUGUUCUUACAAACGCACCGAUGUUUCUUUAUCUCAGCACAGCUCCCUGUGACCAACAGAGCGCAGCAUGCGGUGCCCGCGGAGUCGAGCUCGGCUUCCCGUGUCGUUUUGCCGUCGACUGUGCGGCAGCAUCACGUUGCUCACGACUGUUCAGUACUUAAUCCCACAAUUGAUCUGAGUCUAAAACUGCCUGUGGCGAUCCACUGCAUGUGUUUCUAUCCAGAUGUGCUUUCACUGCGUUGGCAGGUGCUGCCAAUCAGAUGUUUCUAGAUGUUCCUGCAUGGUGGAUCAAACUGAUGAUCAUACUUGAUCAGUUUGAUCAAAGCUCUCCAACGCCGCUGGCUGACAUGCAGCUGAAACCAGGACAGAGCCUCCACCAUGUCUCACAGAUGGCUGCAGACUCACUUUUGGACCUCCUGACCACCUCGCACAUACUGACCAUGAUUUGAACAGAUAAAGGUUAAAUUCUCCUUGUUUCCCUUCUGUUGGAGAAGUGGCCCCCAGUAGGGUAGUGGUCUGUGGGGAGGAGGCGUCCAGUGAUACGUGGAGAGGUCCGGAGGAUGAUGAAGUUAAGCUGAGUGAUGCUGUGUGCAAAUGGAGAGGAGGCGGGGCUGCGGUGUAUCGAUCUAGCUGAUUCAAAGCGACCGAUCAGUGAAACAUCCGUCAGCGUGGAGCGCCGAGGCUUCUUUUCAGGUCACGAGGACAGAGGAAUGAGAGAAGACUCCUGAUGAUGGUGAGCCACGCUGGCUCAUCGGUGUGUCAUCAGGACAGAGUGGUGUCGCAGACGCUGACGAACGUUUAAGGUUGAUUAAUGUUUGCUUCUGUCUCAGUGUGAGGAUUCACUCCAGCCGGGCGACGGCGGCUUCAUGUGGCUCAUCUCAGAGGAAACCAACCAGGCUUCAGAAGCCUGAAGGAGACUCAUCAACACUGAGGAGGAGGAGAGCAUGAGGAGAUGAAUGGAGUGAAGGAGGAGCCUGAGGAAACAGGAGAGGACUGUCAGCAGCUCCCUGCUCAAGGGGCGGGGCUCGAUCCAGGUGUGCAGAGUCUCUCUGUACCAGAUGAACCGGCUUCAGACAGCGCUCACCGGUCAAAGCGCCGCCACCGGUGCUCGGUAUGCGGCCGGGAGUUUUCGCGUCCCUCCCGCCUGGUCGAUCACAUGACCGCCCACACGGGCGAGAAGCCGUACAGCUGCUCGCUGUGCAGCAAACGCUUCACAAAGAAGAUAAACGUGGCGGUCCACCAGCGGGUUCACACCGGAGAGAAGCCGUAUUCCUGCCCCGACUGCGGUGUCAGCUACGCCCAGCUCAGCUGCCUGCGGCGUCACCGGCUCGGCCACGCCGCAGAGAAACCCCACUGCUGCUCGGUGUGCGGGAGAGGAUUCGUCCAGCGGCGCCACCUCGUCCAGCACGAGCGCACUCACACUGGAGAAAGGCCGUUCCUCUGCUCGCUGUGCCCCAAGAGCUUCGCCUCCAGGACGGGGCUCGUCGACCACCAGAAAACCCACACGGGACAGAACCUGUACUCCUGCUCCGUCUGCGAGAAGGUUUUCUCCACGGCGUCGUCCUUCAGGGAUCACGUGAGGCUGCACACGGGGCAGCAGCCGCACCCCUGCUCGCUGUGCGGCAAGAGCUUCAACAGGCCGGGUCUGCUGAGGAAACACCUGCAGAAGCACGCCGAGCAGAUCCAGGUGGUCAAAGUCGAAGGUGUCGACGGAGAGGGGGAGAUGAAUCUUCACUGCUUCCUGUGUCAGAAGGACUUCUUGUCUGUGGAGAAGCUGCUGCAGCACCGGCAGCUCCACCAGAGGGCGCAGCAGUUCACCUGUGGCGUCUGCGGCCGAGAGUUCGGCCGAGCGUCGCGGCUGAAGGAGCACAUGCGCUCUCACACCGGAGAGAGGCCGUACCAGUGCGACGUCUGCAUGAAGCGCUUCUCUGUGCUCAGAGUGCUGAGGAAGCAUCAGGAGAUCCACGGCAGGGAAGAGUGCAGCACCGCCGCCGCUGACGACCAAUCACAGCCUUCAGACCAGCCGAAAACGGGUGAAUCGCUCAGCGGGAUGAAAGUGGAGAACGGGGACGCAGACUCGGCGACCGACGGGAGCACCGAUACUCUGAAAGGAAGCUCCUCCCACAGCUGCCUCAGCUGUGGGAGGAGCUUCCCGGGGAUGUCGGCUCUCUUGGAGCACGCCAAGGUCCACGACUCGGAGAAGCCGCACCGCUGCCCGGUAUGCGCGAAGAUCCUCAGCAGCGCGGCCACCCUGCGAGUGCACAGGAAGACCCACAUGGCCGACAAGCCGCACGCCUGCAGCAUCUGCCCCCGGAGCUUCCUGAAGCCCUGCCUGCUGCGCCAGCACAUGAGGACCCACAUCAGGGACGGGCUCAUCGCCGACCCCGCCGACAAGGUGUUCUGGUUCGACAUGAAGAUCGAGGGCGGGAAGGUGGAGCUGGGGAUGAAGAAGAAGAAGGAGGUGGAUGAAGGCGUGAAUGAGCAGACCUCCGUAGAUGUUUUCACCAGAGUUGAGCCCUCUGUUAACAAACCCCGCCCCACUGAGGGGCGGGGCGACAGCGAGGAGCGUAAAGAGCCAGACGUAAGCGGGCUGAUAAACUCUGAUGGUGAGGAAGAGGACUGGAGGCCAGCGCGCGGCAACCCUGACGGACCCACAGACCCUGACGGACCCACAGACCCUGACGGACCCACAGUUCCUGAUGUACCUUUACACCCUGAUGGAUCCUUAGAUUGCGAUGGGCCCACAAGUCCUCGCGGACCCUUGAACCCACAGGCCGACAGUGGGGCUGAUGGGAAAUCACGGCACUGCUGCCCCGUCUGCGGGCGCGACUGUUUCAAAGCGUCGGCGCUGCAGAAGCACCUGCGGAUCCACUCGGGCGAGCGUCCCUUUCAGUGCCCCACCUGCAGGAAGAGCUUCAUCCAGCACGUGCACAUGACAGAGCACCAGAGGAUCCACACGGGAGAGAGACCCUACACCUGCAGCAUCUGCAGCAAGAGCUUCACCUUCUCCAGCGCGCUGCGCCGGCACCAGCGUCUGCACACCGACGCCCGGCCGUAUCAGUGCCCCAUCUGUCCCAAGACCUUCAAGCAGCGCAGCUCGCUCAAAGAGCACCAGCUGACGCACUCGGGCGUCCGCUACCAGUGCCCGCUGUGCAGCAAGAGCUUCAGCCGCGCCCUCGAGCUCACCUACCACGUGGACGUGCACUCGGAGGCUCGGCCGUACUUCUGCGACAUCUGCCAGAAGAACCUGAGCGGAGCCCGAGUCUUCAGGAAGCACAUGAAGAAGCACGAGCUGCAGCCAGCCGGGCUGAGGGAGGCCGGCACCUCCUCGACCAAUGAGAGUCUCUGAAAGCGGUGAGAGAGGGAGGCCCGUGCUGGGAAAACCAGUGUGGACAAAAGUCAGCGAGUAACCAGUGAAACCAGUGUGAGUUCAGCCUCAGAUAUUAGAAGGACUUCAGAGGAUGCGCUGAGUUAAAUCUGCCUUAAAGGAAAGGUUCUGAGAUGCUGUUAGCCCCGCCUCAGCUCACUUCCUGUUGCAGCUGUCAUUACAUUCCUGUCGUGGACGCAGUGAAGAAACAGGAAGAAGCAUGAGCCUUCAGCCUGUAUGCUAAGCUAGGCUAACAGCAUCCCAAGUAACAGAACGAAUCUCUGCCUCCAAACGAGCCACCGGUCCACGAUCCGGCCGGCUGAUUGGACCACACUGACCCUUUAACCAAAGUGCUUUUGGUGCCCGAACCACAGACGCGUGUCCGGAUGUGACCCCUGAACUUUGCCGACAGCUUCUCAUUUGGAGGUCACGUGUUUCAAACGAGAGGCGUGGUCACGAAGGGUUUUUCAAACUUUUAGUGCUCGUUGAAUAUUUGGUGCUACACAUCAGCAGCCCUGGUUCUGAUUUCAUUUCUAUAGAGGUAAAACAGCUGAUACACGAAGGUCAAAGGUCAGCUACACAGAGGCCUUCGUGCUGUUGUAGAGUCUGAACUAAAAAACUGUCCCUGGACCAGUUUGUACACUUUUAAAGUCACCACGUCUUUAAAGCCUCUGAGCUCACCUGAACCUGAACCUGAGUUUGUUUCCGGAGCUCGAGCAGCUGCGUGUUCCUGCAGAACCACAGAUUCCUCCACUACAACCAGGAAACGCUAAAAGACGAGUGCUGAACGCUCCAACACUUCAUCGCAUCCUGAGGAAAGAUCUGUGGAAUUAUGUCAACAACAGAAAUAUUCCCGUCACACGACUGAUAUUUUUCUACCAGCAGGUGGCAGUGCGCCUCUAUGAAGUUUUAUAUCUACACUCACUGCCCACUUUAUUAGGUACAGCUGCUGAGUUUACAGAGUACAGAUCUCUGGAAGAAACUGCUCGGGUGGUGCCCCAGAUCAGAGGAGAAUGACCAAACUUAUAUAACUUAUUAUAACAAAGGUAUGCAGAAGAGCGUCUCUGAGCACAUCACACCCUGAAGCAGAUGAGCUAUAGAAUAUCUGCCACAACAUCCAGGAUCUCUCUGUCGGGAGGGCGUGAUGGUUUCUUGGCACGUCCGUGACAAGUUCACCGUCCUCCAAACGCCUCCACAGUCACCACAUGUCAUGGAUGCGGUCCACAGCUCUGCAGUAAGUCUGUGAUGGUGUCACGUCAACACGGAGAGUCUCUGAGGAAUGCUUCCAGAACCUCGUCGAUGCUGUGAAGAAGAAACGGGGUCCAAUCCUGUACUGGCAAGGUGUAGCUAAUAAAGUGGCUGCUGGGUAUGAUUUAUCUUCUCUUGUUGCAGCAGCUCAAGUUAAAUACAACAACGUGUAACAGGGAGCUUAAAUGAGUGGGAUUAUGUGGCGAUCGUGGCUCAAGAGUUGGGAGUUCGUCUUGUAAUUGGAAGGUUGCCGGUUCGAGCCCCGGCUUGGACAGUCUCGGUCGUUGUGUCCUUGGGCAAGACACUUCUCCGGUUGCCUACUGG